AUGCCAACGGUCGACCAAAAUUGCGACGAUUCCGGUUCGAUGGAUAAGGAAAAUGCGGAGAUGAAAGCUCGUAUGGGAGAAGGCGACAUACCAGUGCCUACUCCACAGUCGAGUGGAACGAAAUGCCGAGAGGUUCAGCCGGAGAAGAAAUCGCCUCAAACACCGGCACAUAGAAUUCCCCUAGCUGAUCUGAUUAGCAAUACAGAGGACGCUUUCAGCAGAGCCCCGGGAAGGGUUAUCAGUCCCGAAGACCAUGUGUUUUGGAAGCAUGAGCCGUGCAACACAGAUCCUAGAGACGCCUCAGGCUCACCCAUUACAAGAGGCCAAAAGCGCUAUCGAAGCGCAUCACCGACCAGCUCCCCUCUAGGAGCAGAUUCGAAACACAUUAUGUCGAGCCCCCAGCCCUUACCGAAGUUCGUGAGAACGCCCCAGCACGAUAUUGCCGCGGACCUCUGGAGUAAAUACAUCGGGAAAAGCACAGGAAACCCCGGUGGUGAUGCUCCAAAACCUCAGUUCGCUCAUCUCGUCUCAUCCUCACCACGAACCCCCACGGCCGCUCGAGCGGGUAGAGAUUUGUCGACGCUUCGCAGAUCAAACAGUUGUAAUGUCUACUGGCCGACAUCUAAUACUAAAAGAAGAAGAGUUGACAAUGAACAGCAGGCUGUAAAGAGAGUUCGGGACAUUUUUGCUGGAUCGCGAAGCUCGCUUCUUGGUGAUGGCACCUCAAAGUCCUCUAAAAUCAGCCUCUUGGUGGGGAAAAUACAAGAAACCCUCUUGAAAUCGCCGAGGGGAGAAAUAUCAGGCCCGUCUAGCUCCACUCCUUUGCCGGAACGGCCUGAUAAUAUAGCGGAAUUCUCUGGCUCACCGCCAAAACCUAGGAACGAGAAUGAAAACAAUCCAAUUGAUACCCCUUCUAAGUGCUCAAGAAGAGUGAUGGCCAAUGAUGCCGUUUACAAUGACACUAUGUACACCAUACAAGACUUGAAUGCAACGUUGUCCGAGUUUGACGAUGAUGGACUAGAUGAUGAUUUCCUUGAAUUUGCUGGAAAGGCUGACAAUCAACAUAAACCCAUAUAUUCCGAAGUUGGUCCGCUUCCUGACGCUGUACAGGAGGAAAGGCUUACGGGAGUUUUAUAUACGGCGCACGCCAAACCUGAUCGUCCUAGGACCGGUUCCAUCAACAAGAACGAUAAACAACCCACGCUGCCAACUUCACACGCCCAUACAAAUUCCGAAGAGGUUGAUGAAUUUAAUGACAGCGAUGACGAAUUUCCUGAAGCAAUGGAAGAAGUUCUAGCCCGUUAUGACUUGAAAGAACAGACGAACGCAGGCAAAAAACCAAACGCUAUUUUAGCAGAACCGCCCGCCCCUUCCUUCGGAAUAGCAGCCGUAAGGAAGACUGAACCAAAGACCCCUUCUUUGGACGGAGCGAUAUCUUCCUCCGGUGAUGAAUUCGAUGAGGACAUCGAUUUGGAGUCCAUUGAAGCAGCAAUGCAAAAGGUUGCUGGUAUCAACGGUUCGAGUCAUAACCGUAAAUCAAGACAGACUAUUGAACGGCAUCUUAUUAUAGACUCGGCAGAAAAUACGUAUCUAAAUUCCAAAGGCCAAUCAAAGCCUCAAAAAGUACUAUUUGUGCAAGAGGAGAAAACGAAUAACAAUCGAACUAUCACUUUACGGGAGUCAUGGUAUGAUACGCCAUGCUCAAAGGGAUCUUAUAUCCACCUCAUCGGAAGCUUCGAUCAUAUGGGACGAUGCGUGGUGGACAAUUCUGACAAUAUGAUAAUCCUUCACCCAGACCAUCUAAUCUCUGCAACGGUGGUGGCGGACUCGUUUACCUGCCCCCGCCGUGCUGUUCUCCAAGACCGCGUUAAGGCUACUAGCGAAGCCAACAAACCUCAAGUGUAUGGUCAUAUCCUUCACGAAAUAUUCCAAGCAGCCGCGAGCGCAAAUCGCUGGGAUCAAAGCUGGCUGCGUGAAAUUAUUUCGCGCACAUUAGAGCACUAUGUGGAGAGUUUGUAUGAGAUCCAAGUCGAAGUUUCUGAAGCUACUGAGUAUUUAAUGAGCAAAAUACCUGCUCUAAGCUCGUGGGCGGACAUCUUCAUGCGAUCACGCCCUACGAUCGAGUCAAUUACGGAAGACAGGAGUGGCACUACUUCGUGUCUAAGCAUCAACAAGCUUCUUGAAGUUGAGGAGCAUAUCUGGUCUCCUAUGUACGGAUUGAAAGGCAAUGUCGAUGCGACUGUGCAAGUGGCCGUCCAGGAAGGGACAGAGAAAAAGACGCUAACUGUCCCAUUCGAGUUGAAAACGGGACGGAACAAUUCCAAUGAGGCUCACAGGGCGCAAACGGCAUUGUACACCUUGCUUGUUUCCGAUCGAUAUGAUAUCGAUGUGACCUUUGGAAUACUCUUCUAUCUCGAAGCAACCAAAACUUUCCGAGUUCGAGCUAUCCGAAGCGAAAUCCGCCAAAUGAUACAGCAGCGUAACCGUCUCGCUGAGUUCAUAUGUAAAAAAUCAGACUUACCUCCAAUGCUUAAAAAGGCACGGAUAUGCAACCAGUGCUACGCCAAAGAUGCAUGUUUCAUCUACCACAAAGUCAUGGAUGACGGAGAUGAUGAGAGCAGCGGAAUGGGAACUAGUUUCAUUGAGAUUGUCGGACAUCUUACACCCUCCCACCAAAACUUCUUCAAGAAAUGGGACGCUCUUUUGACUAUGGAAGAGCGAGAUAUCCUUAAAUUCCGACGGGAAUUGUGGACCAUGUUGAGUAACGAACGCGAGGGUGUUGGCCGCUGCUUCGGUAACGUUAUGGUCGAACCGGGGUCCGCUUAUGAAGAGACCGGUGUACCGAAAAUUAAUCGAUUUAGGUAUACAUUUUUCAAACACCAACCACCUUCAAACUUCUCCUUUGGGGACUCACAGCUUAGUGUUGGAGAACCCAUCGUUGUCUCUGACGAAAAGGGUCAUUUCGCACUCGCCAACGGCUAUGUCACCCAUAUUAGUCGUACGCGAAUCUCGGUCGCAGUUGACCGGCGGCUCCAUAAUGCCCGAACGAGAUGUUCGAACUUUGAUGCAGAUCGACAUCAAUCCUUUACAGGUGUUAUGGAAAUUGUUGAAACUGGCGGAUCUGAAUCUACCGUUUUUCCUGAAAAGGCCGAAGACACGACUCUUUACCGCCUAGACAAGGACGAAUUCAGCAAUGGCAUGGCGACUGUCCGAAACAAUCUUGUUUGUAUGAUGGAUAGAAACACCUUCCAAGCUAGGCGGCUCAGGGAUUUGAUUAUUGAUGGCCACAUUCCUUUAUUCAAGCCGCCCUCUUCAUCAGCCAUACCAUGCCUCCCUGAGACAGAGCUAAAUAUCGACCAAGAGCAAGCUAUCAAGAAAGUGAUGAGUGCAAAUGAUUACGCUCUGAUCUUGGGGAUGCCAGGAACUGGAAAAACAACCACCAUAGCCCAUAUUAUACGGGCUCUUAUCUCUCAAGGGAAAAGCGUCCUUCUAACAUCUUACACUCAUACCGCUGUCGACAAUAUUUUGCUCAAAGUGAAGGACGACAAUAUUCGAACGCUAAGGCUGGGUGCCACAACCAAAAUCCAUCCAGAUGUCCAAAAGUUUGCUGAUUUGGCAGCAACUCCCAAAAAGACCAUAGAGGAGUUACGGGAUAUUUAUGAAAAUUCACGGAUCGUGGCAACCACAUGCUUGGGCAUUAACCACCCUAUUUUUAAUAGCCGCACCUUCGACUACUGUAUUGUUGAUGAGGCGUCCCAAAUAACUCUCCCGGUCUGUCUAGGUCCCAUUCGUAUGGCGAAAACGUUCAUCCUCGUUGGAGACCACUAUCAGCUACCUCCACUCGUUCAAGAUAAGGAAGCCCGGGAAAGUGGAUUGGAUGUAAGCUUAUUUAAGCUUCUCUGCGAUUUGCAACCGGCCUCAGUUGUCAACUUAGAGCACCAAUAUCGAAUGUGUGAAGAUAUAAUGCUCCUUUCAAACACCCUCAUCUACUCGGGACAUCUCAAGUGCGGAACCCCAGAAGUUGCUCAAAGUUACCUCAAAAUCCCGAAUCUCGGUAGGCUGAAACAACACCAUGUCGACUCAUUAUCGUUACCCCCCAACGUCAGAAAUUCCUGCCUGGGCUCCCGAUAUGGCCGCUGCUGGAUCCGCGAUCUGCUCGACCCUGUCGCUAGGACCCGACUUGUCAACACUGACCCCUUAGAGCCACAGGCGACUGAGUCAUCCAAGGGUUCCCGAAUCAUAAAUCCCAUCGAAGCUACGAUUUGCGCGCAACUCGUUGAAUCGUUCAUUUCUGUAGGUAUCCCAGCCGGGGAUAUCGGCGUCGUAACCCUCUACCGAAGCCAGUUAUCCCUCCUAAAACAAAACCUCCGCCACCACCCGGACCUAGAGAUGCACACAGCAGACCGCUUCCAGGGCCGUGAUAAAGAAAUCAUCAUCAUGAGUUGCGUCCGCAGCAACUCAGAGCGGAAUGUUGGUGAACUACUCCGGGAUUGGAGACGCGUGAACGUCGCGUUUACUCGGGCGAGAACCAAACUGCUUAUAGUUGGGAGCAAGAAUACGCUUCGUGAUGGCAAUGAACUACUAGGAAAUUUUGUCCAGCUUAUGGAUGCGAAAGCAUGGACAUAUGAUUUGCCGCGUACCGCUGUUGAGCAACAUGUUUUUGAAAAUGCGGAGAAUGGGCUAACACAGUUGAGCCCGCGGAAGGGCAUGGAAGUGAUGCGAUCGAAUUCACUGAGUCCUAAGAAGAGGAGCCCGACAAAGAAGAUCCCAAAAAAGAGAGUCACAUUUCAUGAUCAGAGUCCUUUGAAGGAUAAACAACGGAUCGCUUUGAGCCCAGUCAAGAAUAGACAGCCAUCCGCUGGCCAGAGGAGGCCGGAGAAAAUAGGAGGGAAACUCCUAGACGGUGCAAGGAUUGUAGCGACGAGACCGGUAUUGAUGGAUGUGCUGAAUGAUUUGAUGUAG